AUGUCGUUACCUUUGGAUCAUCCGAGUUUGUUGCGUCUCGAGACCGAGGAUUUCGGGAAGGUGGUGCUGUGUGCACCACCUUCCCGAAAUCCUUGGUCUCGAGACGCAACAAACUCGGAUGAUCCAAAGGCCACGACAUCGCCAGGAGCCCAUCACCUGUGUGCCAUCCAUCUCAUCACACGAACCUACUUUUGUGUUGUCACCCAGAGGAGCCUUACCACAUUUGCCAACCUCACAGUGGACGUUAUAUUUUUGCCUAAACAAGAAGAGAUAAAAGUUUCCCCUCUGACAUCAUUUACAACAGAAUGUAACAACAACACAACAAAGUUGUCAUGCUGUGUAAAUGGCAUCGGUUACCGUAGAGUAUUCAACACCGACAACACACUGACACCCGUUGCAGAUCCAGAUCCAAUCUGUUAUUCUGCCAACGUGACUUUUGACUGUAAUGUUAAACCAGAAAUCACUGUCACAUGUGUGGUCUACAACAGUCAGAACGACAGUGUCACCAGUGAUGUCAUGACCAUCACCUACUUUAAAGGAGGCCCGAAAAACUGCAAGGCAGAAGAUGUGCUUUCUGAAGCGCCCAGCGGUUCUAUAUAUUCUGUGGCAUGUCAGACACUAAAUCAAACGUUGCUGGGCACGAGAAAUUACACCUGCAGAGAUGGGAAAUGGUUGCUAGCAGUGGACGGCUGCUACUCUGUGAAAAUUUUCCAGCAGCUGGAGAACGUCAAGGACAUAUUGAAAGGUCCGGAGGUGCAACAGAACUUGCCGUCAUUACUGAAAAAUCUCACUGUUACAGCCACCGAAGAGAAACAAAACAUUCAGAACUCCACCAAAAGUUUACAGAUGAUGGUUGAGAUCCUAUCCACAGUCUCAAACGUGAGCGUAGCAGUGGAGCAAGCCGUGAUGCAGAACUUUAUCAAAACAGUUGAUGUUGUGGUGGGAACAUCCAGCGCUUGGGACAGGGCGGGUAACGAAAGUGUAACCAUUCUGAAUUCCGUCGAGAAUUUUGCGAAAAAUCUGGACUUCAAUGGCACAAUCGACUUUAAAAACGAAUCCAUCAGCAAUAUUCAGCUUUAUGGGCAAAUUCUGAGCAAAGAUGACCACUACAGUAAGAUAUUUGAUGUGCAAAAUUUAACUGGAAAUGUGUUUAUCGAUAGGGGGUCAUUUCCAGACAACUCCACCACAGUGAUUACCAUCGCUUACGGUACGAUGAAGGACAUUUUGCCAAAAACCACAAACAACGCAAACAAGACUGUCAACGGGCUGGUUAUGUCAACGAUCAUUCGUGGGAAUUCUAGUAUGAAAGAUAACAGCAAUGUAUUUAAAAUAAAUAUGUCCUUUACUGAGAGUAAUACGUCACUAGCGAAGCCAGAGUGUGUGUGGCUUAACCUGAUGCAGAACGUUUGGAACAGCAGCGGUUGUGAAGUCUUAGGUGAAAAUGGUACGAUAAUAUGCUCCUGUAACCACCUGACUUCUUUUUCAAUACUUAUGGGAGAUCCAGAUAUUGCAAAUCCAAAUCCAAAUCCAGAUCUAAAAAAAUAUUCAGAAAUUAUUACUUAUAUUGGAGUUGGAAUAUCUCUUGCUUGCUUGGUGACCACACUACUCAUCGAGGCCUUAGUGUGGGCCUCAGUUAUCAAAAACAAAACCUCCUACGUACGUCACGUCUGCCUGGUUAAUAUUGCUGUUACACUGCUGGUGGCCGAUAUCUGGUUUAUCAUUGGUGCAUCACUUGAGAAGGCUCAAGGAUCAGCUGCCUGCAAAGCCGCGGCCUUCUUUAUCUUCUUCUUCUACUUGUCUUUGUUUUUCUGGAUGCUGACCACGGGACUUAUUCUUUUUUAUCGUCUGAUCUACAUCUUGCAUGACAUGAGUAGGAAGACCAUGAUGAUCAUAGCUUUCCUCCUGGGUUACGGAUGUCCGCUCCUUAUAACUGUUGUCACCGUGGCUUCGACGGAACCCAGUAAGAGAUUUACAAGCGAAAAGUUCUGCUGGCUUGACUACAAAAAUUCCAGAUCAUUCCUUGCCUUCGUGGUGCCAGCUUUAACCAUUGUGUUUGUCAACAUGCUGAUCCUGGUGGUGGUCAUAUUCAAAUUAAUGAGACCUACCAUUGGUGAAAAAUCAGGAAAAGAAGACAGAAAGACUUUGGUUGUGAUUGCUAAAACCAUUGCCAUCCUCACUCCUCUUCUCGGAAGCACCUGGGGUCUUGGACUCUGGGUUGCGAUUGAUCCUUCUAAUGACGUACUCAAUAUAAUAUUUUCCACACUCAACUCUUUUCAGUCUUCAGUGGGUGAGUCGAGUCUGGUGGUGUGGAGGCGAGGGAACGCUGGAUUGAUCAGCGUCCUUCCACGAUCAACGGAAAGACGCCGAUCAAUUACCGUGACUCGGCUUUAUGCCGAGCGCUGCGUCUUGGAGGGGCGGAGCUUCCCGGCGCGCCUGCGCCCGACCUAG